CCAGUAUGUGAUGAGACUGUUGAGAUUAGCUUCACAGACCCCGUACACAGUCCAAACGAAAGCAAACACAUGAGCGUCGCGUUUUCACGGACAUGGAUCUUUUUAAUGAAGCUCUUUCAGCGAUGGAAAUCACACGACUCUUCUAAAUAGAUGCUGCUUUUUUAUGGUGCAUCGGUCUAAUGGACAUAACUCUAAAAAAUGACUAUGACUUCACUGUCUGAAAGUUUGGUGGCUUCAGACCCCUCAAAAUCGGCAUUUCUGGAGUUCAGUCACGGCUACCAGUCUCACCAGCAGCAUUCACCCGGUGUGUCUCACGCGCAUUAUCCGGUGCACGGUUUGCAUCAAGGUGCACAUUCGCAGUACGAUGCGGCGUUCUCUUCGGGAGCUGCUUCGUACGGCCGCCCGCUCACUUACCAUUAUCCCACCGCCCAUCACCACCCCGGAGCUUACCUACCUUAUCAACACAACAACCCAGUCGGUCAUUCAAGAGUAGAGGAUGCAGAUUCCGAGAAGCAAAGUUCCAUUGAAAGUGGAGAAAUACGGCUGAACGGCAAGGGGAAGAAGAUUCGCAAACCACGCACGAUCUACUCGAGCUUACAGCUGCAGGCGCUCAACCAGCGCUUCCAACAGACCCAGUACCUCGCGCUGCCGGAGCGCGCUGAUCUGGCAGCCAAGCUGGGGCUGACACAAACACAGGUAAAGAUAUGGUUCCAGAACAAACGUUCCAAGUUCAAAAAGAUCAUGAAGCAUGGAUCAAGUGGACCAGAAGGAGAACACCUUCAAGCAGCUUCUGCAUCCGGAACACCUUGCUCACCAGGAAUGCCCCUGUGGGAUGUUUCCAUGUCAACCAAAGGUGCCCCCAUCCACUCUGGAGGAUAUAUGAACUCUUUUGGACACUGGUACCCUGGUCAUCAUCAAGACCCAAUGGCCAGAACUCAGAUGAUGUGACGGGAUGUUUAGGACAGUCUAGGACAGUUCAUUUGCUUAAAAGUUUACUCACAGCCAAACGUUCUUCAAUUUCCUCCCCAAUAUUUG